UGUAAGGCUCCAGGAUUGCAGGUUCAUUUUAUAUGCCUGUAUAAUUAUUUCAUUAAUUGAACAUGCUGUUAAAGAGCUGGUACUUGAAAAUUGUAUCUGCAGAAAGAAUUUGAACGUAUCAGUUUUCUACUUUCCUUAAAAUUACUUUUGAUGGUGUGACUAUAAUAUGUAAACGUGACCUGUGUGUACUAAUGUGAAGAUAUUUUCAGCCCUAGAAACACAAAUAAGACUUUCUUUCAAGAAAGUUUUGUUAGUUCUUUAUUGUGAAUACAUACAAAUCAUUUUUAUAAAUGAUGUACUGGUAUUUGUAGAUACUCAAUGUGAAACGAUUCAUCUUAGUCACCAAACAGUUUUUAUGUUUUACUUACUUUUUUAGAUUUUAGUGUACUUUGUAGAGUUUACAGUGUCGCAGAGAACAUACAAGUAUUUUUACUCAGUUUUCACAGUGGGAAAGUGUUUCAAAUGGCUUAUGGUUUUGACUGUAUUGCAAAGUACUUUUGUUAUUUCCUCAUUGUGCUAACUGCUAAGUAAUAUUCUCUGCCUAUUGUUUGCUAAAUAUGUGAUUUUUGGCACUGUGUCUUAAGCACAAUCCUGCAAAUUGUUCAUUUGGGGAGGGACUGGAAGAAGUUAAUUCUAGACUAAAAUGUACUCGUGGUGGCAGAUUUAUGAGGAUUAGCCUAAUUGUCUAAACGAAACCUCAAAUCAUUCUAUUUCUGCAUAUUUUUUAAACGAUACAUUUACAUGGCAUAACUGUAGGCUGAUCUUGUCUCUUUCCUGUAAAUGUGAUCAUAAACAUCAAAUUGGGUUUAAGUCUUAACCUUUAAUGCUCUUACUCUGAAACUAUGCUUUGGCUAAGGUUAGUCUUUAAAUUCUUGGCAGUAUAUUGAAGGCCUAGUUAUACUUUACCUGCUUUUGGUCUUUGACAAAUUUUUGUACAUCUGAAUAGCUAAAAAUACAAACAUUAUUUUUCAGUGGACAUAGCUAAUGUAACAGAGGUCCAUUUUUAGCCCUUUGCAAAUCAAGUCACCUGUUUUCCCCAGAAGCACUAGAGAUUUGUUCAUCAAGUGCAAUUGCUUCUGUAACAAGCAACAUUAUCGUAUGAACUUCUCUAGUCCAAGCUUUCUUUUGAAAUCAGUAGGUUCUCAUCUUUCUGCUACCACCUUAUUAGUAUUGGAAAGCUGUUGUAGUAUUUUAUUCAUCUGCUUCUCUGAUAGCACUGUCUAGAAUCCCAUACGUACUGUUUGCUCAAAUUGUCCUUUACGUCGUUCCCCCCCCACACACACAUUUACCGUGAAGUAUUUAUCAAGUGACUUCCUAGCUAUUCUUUGACAAACUAAACAAGGCAAGGUCUUUUUGCAUAUAUGGGAAGUGCCAACAUUCUAAAAGGAAUAUAACGUGGAUAAGCUCAUCUAAUUGCUUUAGAUGCCUAUUUCUUUCAUACAUGCAAAAUUAUAAUUACAUGUAUAAUCACUCCUGGUCUUUAUGUCAAAAGCAAGCUGCUUAUAGCUAAAAAUAGAAGAAACUUUAAAAAUUAAUCCGUAAGAUAAAACCACAGCCAUAUUUUUGUGUACUUUAUCCAUUUUUGAUAAGCACACAUAAGGACUGCCCCUUUAGUUUUAGUACUGCUUAUGUAACUGACUUUUGCAGAUUAUUGACAAGGAAACAAAUUUUACCGGCUAAUGGAAGAAAUUAAACUAAACUUGCAAACUCAUACUUAGGGAAGGCGAUGGAACAAAAUAUGUGCACAUGCAGUACCUGACAUUAAGGGUUAUGUGCCUAGACCUGUUGACACCAAGGAAGAACGAAUGUCUUGUGCUCCCAUCACUUUUCAAAAGGAAAAAUACAUGUGCCAAAUAUUUGACUAUGGUUGACUGCAGAUGCUAGAAAAGGUGGGUGAUACUAUAGCAUAUAGGUGCAAUUGGCAUUGUAUGAAGUUUUGCAUAACUGAUUGCGCCUGGUACAGUUUCUGUCUGUAUCUAUCUUAGGUAUUUACAAGGCAUCUAUCACCUUGGUACCUAAGCAGUUUGAAAAAUGCACCCACCCCAGGAGGCAUGAUGCAGACACAGGCAGAGGCCCAGGUCCAGAGCAGCAGAGGCAGGUCCCAGGAAGCUCCCCAACUCUGUUACCGCUGUUGUUGAGCUCCUGGUCCACUUGUUGUGGCCAAGGAACAUCUCCACCUACCUGUCAGCAGGAAGACGGUACCCUACCCCUCACGUCCAGCUCCACUGGUGGGGAAUCUGAAAAGGAAAGAUAAUGGAAAAGGCAACGAUCCAGUAGCAGAGGUGAAACAGAAAUGGUGGGAUUUCAAAAGGAGGGAUUCUUAAAGAGCAGCACAUCACAGGGGAGGGAUCAACUGCCAGUCCAAGUGGCAGAUGUCACUGGGGAACAAGAUGGGGAGGUUCCUGGAUCCUCGGGGCAAGCUGGCCGUCACCGAGGGAGCUCGCCAUCCACGCCAGCCGAAGAACAGGAAUCCUCGGUGCCUGCUUCUGACGAAGACUCGCCGGCCAGGACCACAGAGAGCUGGCAGUGGCCGUUGUCCUCAUCUGAAACGCACAGCAACGUUGGGGAGGAUUUUGAGGGAUUUCAAACGCCAGCGCGGACUCCGGAGUGUACCAUGGACAUACAAUCUCCCGGGGAUCAGUCACUCAGUAGGACUCCUCAGUUUGAAAGUGACUCUCCUGAGGAGGAGGGAAAUGAUGAAAUGAAUGAAGAGCACCGCGGUGUUGAGCCUGUCCCUAGGGAUCGGGGUUGGAGAGGGCAGCCCCAGCUAACAGAGGGAGAGAAGCUGUUGAUGGAAACCAACAGUAGGAUUGUGCAGCUGCUGGAAAAUAUCAAGAGGGAGCAUGCACAGUCCAUGGGUCUCAUGUCGCAGUCCAUGGGCCGUAUGGAGCUGCAGCUGGGCAUUGUGGCUACCUCCACAAGAGCCAUCCAUAACUACCUGUCAGAGAUUUUAGCUUUCCUCAAGCAGCCAAGGACGCAGGUCCUUGAAACACGCAUCUCCCAAAGAGCCACCCCCCAUGUCGAGUUAACCUGUGCCUCGACAUGGACUGGUGAGGAUGCAGUGGCAUCCUCCACUGUGUGCUUACCAGGGGCAGAAGGGACGAGCGACUCUCGAGAACCACCGCAGGCCACACUGCCUUGUCGCAGUGGCCGGCUGCAGAGAGCCAUAACCGAGAGGGCCUCGUUGCCCAUGCCUACACGCCAGGCAAAAGGGGGAGGGAAGAAAAAAUAACCACAUCAUAGGAUUUUUAGGGUUUUUUUUAAUGUGCCUGUCCUUUUAAUUCUUAGCCAUAAGGCCAUCGGUGGCAGAAUUCAACCAUUUCCUACAUUGGCUAACAUUGUAUUCUGGCUGACUAGAUUAGUCUAACAUUUUGUAGUUUAUAUUUGCACUGUUAACGAUGUGUGCUGCUGGUAUUUGAAGAACAUUUGCCUCUGUUCUUUCACUUUAACUUCAUACGAGCAUUUUUUUACUCUGUGCCAGGCAUUCAUUGCUUUUCUUACAAAUACAAGUCAUUUCUUGAGGCAGCUGUUUUUUGAGUUUUCUUUCUCCAUUAUCCCAUCCCCUCUGAGCAAGCAUUCUGGAGUCGGUGGUAAGUAUACAGGUCUUGGCAAUACUCGCCUCCAAAACUGUGUUCGAUCAGUCUUUGCCUGGUGUUUCUGGCAUGCCAGCCUGAGGUGUUGGGGUUAGCCUGUACCGGAUCAUGAUCAUUCUUAUCCUCUGUGGGUCUGACAAGCUCACUUUCUAAGACCCUCGGUGGAGCUAAUCCACAUGUCUUGGCUAUGUCGUACAAUAAGUAAUGUUGCCAGGAUCAUACCUCAUAUUUAUAUUUUGGGGCCUGUAUAGUGACGUGCCACCAGAUCUAUCUAGGCACAUGACUCUCAUUUUCAAAGUCCCUUUUCUGAUGGAUCUGGUGGUUUGAUGGGCAGCAUUAUAAUUUUUCCUCUGAGAGAGUCUGGGGAUUUGGAACAGGAGUCACUAAGCAAUGUGUUCUACGGGGAUAAGAGCCAUCUCCUGCAACCAAUCUGUUAGGAGGAGACUGUCCCCUGUAAUUAUCACAGAUAUUAAUUAUUUAAGAAAAAGGAAAAAAGCAACUUGCCUAGCAGCCAGACCUCUUGAGAAUGUAAAAGUCAUGACAUGCUGUUGGGUACUGUGCUACUAUGUCUGUAAUUAAGAGCUUUUCAUCAGAGACGACCUACACGUUGAUAAAAUGCAACUACUUUCUGUGCCUUUAGGCCAUCUAAUUUCCUGAGGGCUGGCACCCUGAGCAGAGCACGGGUGCAAUUGCUAACCUACAGGGCAGAUGGAAACGCACUUUGCAAUAAAUUAUGUUAUAUCUGUUGGUGCUGCCUCUCUCGGGGGAAUUUAAUAUUAUAGUGGCACUCAAAUUGCUAUAUGCAUGCAGAGGCAUCAGACUGGCUUAUACAUGUGAUAGCCCUGACAGUUCUCUGAAAGGAUGCUGUUACCAGGAGCCCCUUGAGCGGUGGUAACUAAUUAUCACAGGUGUAGCAUGGCUCCUGUGUUUGAUUCUCAACGUACUGUUGUGACUUCUUGUAAAGGUUCAGAAGAGUUUGUAUGGCAAAGCAGUGAUUGAUUCCUCCUCUGGCAAAUACUAGAGAAUAAACGUAGGCCUAAAAAUCCUCUUCUAUGCUUACAACUGAGCUGCGCUCUCUCUCCAGUGAGCCAUAGAUUCUUCUGUCUUUCUGUGAGACUGAAGUUAUUCAAAAUAAAGCAGAUAGAAUUUUGUUGUUCUACAAAUCAGCCACAAGUUAUUCCCUUCUAAGUGUGUGUGCGUGCGUGCUUGUGGCUCUGCUUUGCUAAAUGACCGGUUUGACGACGAAAUGCAGCUGGCAUGGCCAUCCUCCAAUGUAGGCUUUUUCAACUGCAGAAAUAUUUCUUCCCUGCCACCUACAUCCAGCUGCAUUCCUUUUAAAAAUACCAUCGGAGGCAUGCUUCUUUGGCCACUCUGUCGACACACCUUACACCAGGUGCAAAUUUCUGCACCCAUCCUGUGGCUUUUUUAUAUCUGUUUUCUUAAAACUGUUUGUAAAGGUAUCCUUAGAGAAUUUCCAACACAGGCUUGUAAGAUUCCCCUCUCAUUGGUAUGAGAAAUGAAUGCUGCAGAGUAUUUAAGAUCACAAGGAGGUUGGGAGAGAAGCCGAUUAGUAAGCCUGAUAAAUUAUUCCAGUAUGUGCGGCCUUUGAACAUGUGUUUCUGGUGCAUACAUGAUUUGCACACUGGUACUGUGGAUAUGAACAGCCUAGUUAAAGGCAAAGGCAAGUGAAAGUUUGUCCCAAUAUGCUUAUGUCUUAUUUCUUCGGGAUGAGUUUGAAUGAAGCUGAGUACAGUUCAGCCAGUUAAUUUUCUUAGCCUCAUUAGCACGUUUGAUAAUACAGUGAGAAAUGUUUUUAUUUUGCAUAGUGCUUUCACUUCAAAAGUGUGAUGCAGUUGUGGCCAUAUGCUAAGAUUUUGACGUAUUCUGCAGGACCCGCCAUGUAGCUGCUGCCAUUUAGAAUAAAUCUCGUUCCAGAAGUUGGCUGCUUCUAUAGGUUCAAUUUUUUUGGUUGUAGUUUUAAAAUUACAACUUCCACUCUACCUUUGCUUUCUGAUCGAAGGCAGCAGAGCAAAAGAAGAAGCUGCACAGGUGUAGCAGUGCUGCUGUUGGAGAUACGACGUGGGGAGCCCCUAAGGAGUUCCUUGCAAAGCAGCUUAAGCUUUAAUGUGCUGUCCUCUCCUCUUUCAAAGUGCUUUAGCUAGACUUGGCAAGGCACAAAGCACUGCUUGAAUGGGAGCAGCUAUAGGGCGAGAAGGACUGAGAACCCGUCUGCAGACAAGAAACCUGCAAUAAACAUACAGAAAACAGAGUUAUUUCCAACUGGAAAUAGUAGAUGGUCUUAAGAAUUGGUACCAACUGAUAUUUUGGUCAGAUCCAAAACUAGGAUCUGACUUCUAAUGUUGUCUAGCAAAAUCAGUGCAGCUGGAGGGUAUGUAUGUUUCAUCCCCAAACAAAUAUUUUCAUGCUUUUCAAGUGUCUGUCAUAGCCUCAUCACUUUUUCCCUGUAGCUUUUUGUUGUCUGAAUGGGUAUAUGGUUACAUGUGUCUGUUAAAAAUAAAGGGGAUCAGUUCUUACAUGGUAUAUUUAUAUUUCUUAUUUACAGAUUUUGAGUACCUAGUGCUUCAAUGUCCACACCUUCCUACUUUCUGUAUCCCAAAGACCAGUUGUUUGGCUUCUGGGAUGAUAAAAAGGAUGGGAGAGACUUAACAGGAAAUCUCUGCCCAGUUGAAGCUCUUGGUGAUAGAUCCCCUGAGUACUUGUCUACAGUCUAGCCAUAUUUUGAUGUAUAGGUCAAAUGUUUAUGGUUACACCAUUGCUUUCUGAUGCCUUUUGCUGAGCAGAAGUGCAGAUAUUUUUCUUUCAGAAGUCCACAGUUUGUAUUACAAAGUCUUAUGAAAUGUGACUUGAAGUUUGUUUGAUUUUUGAAUACAUGUGAUGAUUUAAAGAAUUUUUUUCCUUUUCUCCUUCCACUGGAUGAUUUAAAACACACAAAAAUAAAGCAGACCAAUGAAAAGAAUUGAAUGCUAACUUCAAUCGAAAAGAAACAGCAACACUACUCUUGUGAGACAGUUUUCAACAGUGUUCAGCUUAGUGAUUCUGCUCAACCUUUCCUUUCCUGCCUGCUCCCUGACCCUCUGUGACACUGAAAUAUCCACUUCUAGGACAACCUUCUUCCUAACCAGAAGGCUAAAGUUCUUCCCUCUCUUCUCCUGUUUAAAAUAUCAUCCUUGCAUCAGCCAGGUCUACUGUUUAGAGGGAUCAAAAGCUCUUUUCCUUCUGCCUUAUUCCCAUCCAUAUCCAUGUCCAGGGCCCUGAGCGCGCUGCUCUCCAGUGAGAGGUAAAACUUAAAUCCCUCAAUCUGAUACUUGGCAUAAUAACACCAUCUCUAGACCAUCAAAAACCCGGGGUGUUUUUAAGUCUAUAGUAUCCUAAUGAAGUAGCUAUCCUAGUUUGCUGAAGCAAAUAAUCAAUCCCUUGGAAGAUGGAUCUAAUUGCUGAAAAGUAACAUUGCUCUGAGACACGUUGUGGAAGCCUAGGAGCCAAGCUAAGGUAUUUCCCUCACAUGAACACCAAGGCUACAUAACUAACCCUUACUUUGGUGAAGCUUCAAAGGAAAAGACUCUAAAUUAACAUGAUACAGGAAAGCAAAUGCGAUGGAAGGGGCAGUAAAGAAACCUGUUGGUAUGAGUCAAGUUUGGAUUCUAGUACAGAUUCAAAAAUCAAACUUUUCUACUGGCUUAGGCUAGACAUUUACUUUCUUAGUGCCUUAGUUAACAGCAGCAGAAGUGGCAAUAAAGGAGCUGUCGGGCUAUAAUUAGUUGAUUAUUUGGUACUUGGAGGUCUUCAGUCUGAGGGAGUUAUGUUAUGUAUUAAAUGCUGAUGAACAUUGUUUGCGACCAAAGUUGGAGAAGGGAACUAAAACUAACACUCUAAGCUUCAGAAGAUCUUGAUUAAAGUUUUCCCUAUAUUUUAUCAUCACAUCAUGAGGUAGAUCAGAAUCCCAAAUCCAAAUGUUGAUGUUCUCAUUCAAAUUUGGACUUUACCUAUUUGGUCUCUUUCUGACCACAACUAAAUACAUUCCCAGACUGUUCUUAAAAUAUAAAAUAUGUAUAAAAGUUUCAUUUAAACAAAUGAUGCAGUUACUAAUGCUAAUCUAAUAAUCCAAGAGUGUGGAUAAAUUAGGAUGUGAUUACUUAAGGAGAAUAGGUGUAAAAGAGCACUUCUGGAGUACUGGUUAUUGUCCAAAAUAUCACUGGAAUUCUGAUGACUAUGUACAGUCUGCUUAUCUCUAUUUGACAGUGCUGUACAGAUUCAUUAUUUCUAAAGGUCUUCUUUCCAUUUCUAUAUAGAUAUUCUCCCUUCACAUUUUGAAGGUUUGAAGAAGAGGAUUGUUUUU